CUGACAAUCAAAAAUGAAAAAAUAUGACGCUUUACGUUUUCUUUCCCAUGGUAUUGUGAAAUGGUUGCAGUGAAUAAAUAAUAACCUGUGCUAGAAAUUCGUAACCCUGGUGUCAUUCAGUCUUCGCCACUUAUUCACGUGAUUUUUCUUUCAUUUCUUUGUUUAAUUUUGUAUAUUAGUAUGCAUACUCGAACAAUUUCCACUUCGCAAAGUUGUAGCUACUACAAUCAAUAAUUUCCCUCUCGCAGAAGGGGGAAAUAUAGAGAAAACAUCCGGAAUCGGUAAGUAAACAAUGGAACACAGUUAUUCGCGAGACGUUCGCCCCAUGGAAAACAGCCAGACGGCCACGACACGGACACUGAUGGUGCACCGGCCACCUCAGUGUCCCUCAUGUCACACCCACUCACACGAUGAACGUAUUGACCUCGAGGAGUCCUACAAUCCACCAAUUCCAUCAUAUAAUGAGGAAAGCGCCAAGAUUGCGAUGCAGGAGAGCGAGAAUGUAACGAAACAAAUUCGUAACACCAAUUCGGAAGAUGUUGAUUGGGAGGAAAAAAUAAGCAAGAUCGGCUGGUCCGUCCAGCAAAUUCGCCUGUUUAGUAAGGUUAGUAAACUGCUUGAUAUGGAUCGGCUGGCACGAUUGACCAUUGCUGACAAACAACAUGAACCUGUGCAUCGGAGAAUGGUAAUUGACAAAUCCGUUGGUCGUUUGCGUCAAGCUUUGGCGGGUGUCGCGUGGGAUCCCCGUUUGACACAGUGGUUGCAUGGUUUGUUGAUGGAAAGCCUAUCUCCAAGCUACUUAGCCGCUUAUGUAGAUAUUCUGCAAACGCUUAAAGCCAAACUACCGAAUUUGGUGGACAAAAUGGUUUUCGGUAGACCAUUGAACAUCAACCAAGAACUUUUGGGUCCAGUCUUGAAAAAACCAUGGGAACCGGUCGUGGCACACAAAAAUCGUAAACUUCCGGGACAACCAUUUAUUGUAGUUGUGCCUUCAGGACCAAAUAUGACAGCGCCAAGCACUCGAUUGCAGAAAUGGUUUUCCUUGUUUGCCACGAUGGCAUCUGUAAUACCGAUUACGAUGCCUCCCCAGAGUGCGCUGGCCAAGCACACUAUUCAGAGUGUUUCCGAACAAAUGGUGGCGAUAACACGAACCAAAAUUCAAGAUGUUCGCCAGGAAGCACCCAACCGACCCAUUAUUCUUGUUGGUUUUAAUGCUGGAGCAGCGUUGGCCAUUCAAAUUGGGCUGGUAGAAACCGUGAGCUGUAUUGUUUGUUUGGGUUUCGCAUAUAACACCGUCAAUGGUCCCCGAAGAGGUCAAGAUGAUCACAUUACUGAUAUUACGGCGCCGGUGUUGUUUGUGAUUGGACAAUUUUCCGCCCGAACUAGCCAAGAAGAAAUUGAGUUUUUGCGCGAAAAAAUGGUUGCUCAGACAUCCCUGGUUGUUGUGGGCUCGGCAGACGAUUGCUUACGUGUGUGCAAAUCGAAACGUAAAAUUGAGGGAGUCACACAAUCAAUGGUGGACAACAUGGUAAUGGAUGAGGUGGCAGAGUUUGCUACUAACAGCUUACUGGACCCACCACGCCCGAAACAGACCAUUAAGGAUCCUAAUGGCCAAAAGUCUAAUCUACUCCUAUCGAAUACCAGUACUAACUUGGCGGCUACCGGAGGACCAGCUAUCGGUGCUUUGCCACCACCGGCACCAGCACCGCUUCCGCAAUCUGUCACAAGUAAUGCAGCUAGUAACGGACCGGUCGGCCCUGGUCGAAAACGAAAGACAAGUGUAUCGGCAGACCAUAACGAGCAAUUCAAGAUUGCACGGAACAGUAAGCCGGCCAAAAAGACAGCCAAAACUGCAAAGCAGCUGCGUGCCGAGAAUUUAUUACUGCAGCAAAAUCAACAAGCUAUCGAUGCAGCCGUUCAAAGCAUUCUUCCCGAUACCGAGAAGAAAAAUUUUGACACACCCGUAAAGAAAACUGUACCUUCCUUAACCAAUUAUCAGAUUUCUAGCAACGGAGGCAACACUUUGGAUAUUCGCAGUACUACCAGCCCACAAGUUGUUUCUGGUCUAGCCAGUUCUCCAAUUGUAUUGCCAAUGAUUAAACGGGAUACAACCGUACAGACAUCUUCACAUCCUACUCAGCAGAUUUCAUCGCCUCCGGCCAUCACAUCCAACAUAAAAGUUAUUCCUGCAAACCAAUUUAUUCAGCUAAAGCCUUCUGGAUCAACGCAAAAGUUUUUCACCAUCAAAUCUUCACCAAAGCCUGUCGUAUCCGUUAUACCCAAGCAACAAGGACAAACAACAACUCCUAGUCCAGUGAUGAAACAUACGACCCCUACUUCAUUGAUUUCUCAGCCACAAUCGUUUAGUCCUACGAAGUUCACAAUCGUUCGCAAUGCGGGCGGAAUGUCCGGUACGUCCACUCCGAUUGGAUAUCCAAUGAAAUCAACCAAAUCUCCUACUACCCCAGAUUUAUCCAACACAAACAUAUUUGAUAUACCGAUUGUAUUUGCGGAUAAUGAUGGCAAUAUACAAGAUGGUUCCUCGCAGCACAAAAGCAUGGAAAUAUCAAGAACUCCACCGAAUAUCGUUACAAUUUCGCCAGCACUUACCAGCCCCUCAACAUUGAAACCGGACCCUCUUAAUCGAAUUAUCACGCUGCAGCCCACUAUCAAACCCAACAAAGUGGUUGUCAUCAACAAAAACAACAUCAAACAAGUUCCAGCCAACGUUUUAUCAUCAGUGACUUCUACUAAAUCAAGCACAGCAACACCAACCGGUGUCAAAUAUGCUAAGGUGGUCCUAUCGAAUCCUCUAACAAAAGCAACCAUUACACCAGUGUCCAACACGACGGGUCCGAAAAAUCUCUCUCAAAUUAUGGUCGGUGGAAAAGUGGAAGUUCUUAACAAUACCCUCGUUAAGUCUGCUACUCCACCAACCUCUGCUGCCGGUGCCAUACAACAGCCACAGAAGUUUCAACCAAUCAUUAUAAACGUCGACCCGAACAAAACGACUACCAUGAAAAAUUUCGUCCGUGUCGGAGAAACACAAAUUCGCCCGAUCGGAACCAGUCUCACUACAGCAACAUCUAUUGGCACUUCGCCAGCCACAGUAACGAUUCGAAGUUCUAAUUCUGCAGCCACUCAACUUACUCCCGGUGUUCCUGGAACAAACACCAUUCUCAUAAAAACCAACUCGCUAUCGCAACUGGCAACUACAACCAGUCGGAAGCCAGCCAUUCUAAACCGAAACAUUACUCUGCGGAAAAUUACCCCAAUCCCGCAACCAUCUACGAGCCAGGGACCGGUUGUCACGUCCAUAGCUAUCACACCUACCGUAGUGAGUCAACUACAGGCGCAAAAGCCAAAACCACGCUAAGAUGCUUCUGUAUGGAAAAAGAUUCUUUUUUUUUGCUGUAAAAAUAAGAGUUCCUGCCCAUGGACGAUAACCAGUGCAGUGAGUA